UGAGCCGUCAAAAGAAAGCGGCAAUAAAUGCUAAACGAAGAAAAAAAAAGGGGGAAACAACCUGUGGGGCAUCAUCAGUACCCCCUUCACCAGCAAUGACUACUGACAUACCGUCAGGAGAAAAAUCAAGCACAUUUAGGGUGGCCAAAUCUAGACAGAAACAGAAGAUUACAUCAUGCCUUAGUUCAAUGCCGGACAAUCCAAUGCUAAAAGCAGCAGUUAUAGAAGCAGCAAUCAAUCAGCAAUCCCCACGAACAAAAACUUCAAUAAAUCAAAGACUUGGUGUAGCUAGCCCAAACACAAAGGCCAAAAGAAAACUUGCAAUGGAGGUGUCAGAUUCAUUCAGAGAAGCACUAAAUAGGUUGAAAAGUAAAAGAAAGAAGAGAGACAUAAGAGAAAAGCGUCUUAUUGCCAAGGCUUUAAAAACUAAAGGAAAGGCUAUUCUGACUUCACUUGGGAUAUCGAAAAAAACUCCAGAAGCGAGUAAAUGAAGAGAGUGGAAUAGAGGGUUGGGAAGAUUCAAGAAAAAAAAGAAAAGACACUUUAUCAAAUGAAGAAAAAAACAGAAUUUUAAAUGUCUAUGACAUUGCAUGCCAUGACAUUCCUGAUGCAAGAGGGGCUGUUAAAGUGAAUGGGCAAGUGCAGGCCCGAAAAAUUAUGGAUAAUUCCUUGCGUGCAAGUUACGACAAGUAUGCUAAAGAUGUAGAAAAUCCAGUCAGCUACGGGACAUUUGUACGACAAAAACCCAAGAAUGUGCUUCCAUUUACCAAUCACAGAUUCAGAGAAUGCCUAUGUGAAUACUGUCUUAACAUAGACUUGAUUUUGAAGUCGAUCAACUCAGCGUGUGCUUCUGCUAAUAAAAACUGCCAAAUAGCAGAUAGAUAUGCUGCUUCCAAAAUUACCCUAUGUCAAAAAGCAGAUGGUGAAUACAAAAAUACCUGUCUGGACCGUAAUUGUGAGACUUGUGGGACACGGAGACUUUCUGAACACCAACCAAUUCUUACAGCUCCUUACCUACAAUCUUCUAUUACUUGGUGGCAGUGGGAGAAAGGUGAUAAAUGUAAACUGACUAAAGUGAAGAAGGAAGGUCUUCUUGAGGACUUAGUUGAUACAUUGAAAAUGAAAAUGGUAACAUUUUCGAAGCACCUUUUUAACGCCCGAUGGCAAUACCAGCAGUACAAAGCAGUGUCAGGAGAUCCUCCUCCUGGCACUGCUGUUUUCUGCAUGGACUAUGCGGAAAAUUUUACAUGCAAGGCACAGGAUGCACCACAAGGAUUUCAUUGGACUAAUACCCAGGUAACCAUCCAUUCCAUAGUCGCAUCUUACAAAUGUCACAAGUGUCCGGAGAACCCCGAAACUGUGACAGAACUCGAUGGUAUUUAUUAGUGAUGACCUCACGCACGACCAUCAUGGUGUGCAGCAUUUUGUCGAAAUUGGAAUAAAAAGACUACUGGAGGAAAGUGAGGGUAAUAUAACUCAUGUUCUUCAGUUUUCUGAUGGAACCCCAACCCAAUACAAGAACAAAAUAAAUUUUGUUAACUGUUCCUUUUCAGAAGAGGACUUCGGUGUGAAGACAGAAAAACAUUUUUUCGCCAGUAGGCACGGGAAGGGACCAUGUGACCGUGAAAUUGGUGUACUGAAGAAGUGUGCGAAAAAUGCAGUUGCUGCAGGAUGUCAGGAUAUACUUGAACCUAUGCAAUUCUUUCAAUACUGCACAGAAAAUUUGAGUCUGCCAAAAGGGGGAGUUGACCAAGACCAUUCACAUACAAAAAGACAGUUUUUCUAUGUGAAAAAAACUGAUGUUAAUAGAAACUUGCCGGAGAGAACAAAUGUGAAACAACUGAAGGACACUAGAAAUUACCACUGCAUUAGAUCCGUUCAGCCAUAUGGUAUCUCUGUGAGGGAGAGAAGUUGCUUCUGUGAGGGUUGUUUGGGUGAGGGAGACCCUUGUGUUAACUUUGAUAUCACAGGUCCGUGGACUGUUGUUAAUCUAAAAAAAGGUGUACAUGAAGAAGGAAGACGUGGACGAGGUCGUGGAGUUCAACGGGGUCAGGGAAGACGUGGACGAGGUCGUGGAAUUCAACAGGAUGAGGAAAGAUGUGGACGAGGUCGUGGAGUUCAACGGGGUCAAGGAAGACGUGGACGAGGUUAUCACAGAAACAGACAUAGUUCCUCAAGCUCUUCUUCUGUGGCGUAUGUUACAAGUGAUGAUGAUAAUGAUGAAGCAGCUUAUUCUGAUGAUUCUACUGAAGAUGGUGAUAGUUCCAAGUCAGAUGAUGAGACCUCCCUACCUACUGGUGCUGUUGCAGGAAAUGAAAUUCAUGUGCACAAGGAUGACUGUGUUGAAGACAGUGAAGAUGAUACUUUGAAAGAUAUUUCAGGCCUGACUGCAAUUAUUGCAGAAUUAGAAACUGAUGAGACAGACAGAUUAUCACCUGUUUAUUCAAUGGAAUAUUUAGCCAUUCUAGAACAAACUGAGGACUCUGAACUAGAAGUUGCUGUUAAUCAGGAGCUACAGGUUUUACAAGACAUAGCCAUUUUAGAGCAGUCUCAGGAAGCACUAGUCACGGAGAGUGGGGAGUUCCAGACCAUACAGGGCCAAGCCAUUUUAGAGCAGUCUCAGGAAGCACUAGUCACGGAGAGUGGGGAGUUCCAGACCAUACAGGGCCCAGCCAUUUUAGAGCAGUCUCAGGAAGCACUAGUCACGGAGAGUGGGGAGUUCCAGACCAUACAGGGCCAAGCCAUUUUAGAGCAGUCUCAGGAAGCACUAGUCACGGAGAGCUGGGAGUUCCAGGCCAUACAGGGCCCAGCCAUUCUAGAGCAGUCUCAGGAAGCACUAGUCACGGAGAGUGGGGAGUUCCAGACCAUACAGGGCCCAGCCAUUUUAGAGCAGUCUCAGGAAGCACUAGUCACGGAGAGUGGGGAGUUCCAGGCCAUACAGGGCCCAGCCAUUUUAGAGCAGUCUCAGGAAGCACUAGUCACGGAGAGUGGGGAGUUCCAGACCAUACAGGGCCUAGCCAUUUUAGAGCAGUCUCAGGAAGCACUAGUCACGGAGAGUGGGGAGUUCCAGGCCAUACAGGGCCCAGCCAUUUUAGAGCAGUCUCAGGAAGCACUAGUCACGGAGAGUGGGGAGUUCCAGACCAUACAGGGCCCAGCCAUUUUAGAGCAGUCUCAGGAAGCACUAGUCACGGAGAGUGGGGAGUUCCAGACCAUACAGGGCCCAGCCAUUUUAGAGGGUCAAGAAAGGUUCAAGAAUAGCCCUUUGUUCAGUUCUACUAUCCAGCGAAAAAUGGACUAUGGACAGAGUUAGAGAUAAGUCAUACAGUCUUAUUUGAGGACAUCAAAAAGACGCUUCUUCCACCAGAUCUGAGAUUGAAUGGUUCAAGGAUUUAUUUUUUGUUUCCUGGUGAGCUUGAAAAUACACUUAAAAACCAACAGAUUUCA